AUGCAUGGGAAACCUGGACCAUGUGGAGCUGUUGCAAUCAUCUACACAGAAGGCUCAAGACCAGCCAUACGACUACAUACAUCUGUCCCUCAAAUAGGAUCCAUCUUGCUGGCAGAACUAAUAGCAAUUGUAAUUGUAUUAAAAUUUUGCAUACUGGAAAGACUAUACGACACCAUCACCACACUUAAGAUCUUCUCUGACAGUCAAAGUGCAGUAGGACUCCUCACACUUAAUUGGGCACCCAAAUCCUAUAUUGAGGUAACUCGAGACAUCGGAGAACACCUCGAGGAUCUAAGAACUAAAGAGAUGGAAAUUUGCAUCCUAUGGACACCAGGACACGCAAAUAUUCAAGGGAACGAUGAAGCGGACUUUUUGGCAAAGCAAGCAGCAGGAGAAGCAACACAACGCCAAAAAAACAACAAGAUUUCUCUUCAAGACGUUCAAGGUGCACACAAGAGUGCCAUGCUGACGUGGCAAAGACGAUGGGAAUUAAGCAUUCCAGGAAGAGACCUAUUUGAGAUAACACCAAACGUUAAAAACAUCCCAAUCUUUGACUAUCCAACAAAAAUUUCAGCAUCUUUAUACAACUAA